CUAUCCCAAUAAUGUUUUUCAGUAUAAUUUAUAUAUUUUUUGGUGCAAUUCUUUGUUAUGCCACUGCGCAGUACAAUGAAACUAAUCAAAUUUACGAUUUCAAGGCGAAGAAAGAUCAAGCGUUAGUGGAUAAUAAUGAAAAAAAUAUAUUCGAACUGUGCCGAAGCAACAGCCUAUUCACAGACUAGUGGAGUCUACCAAAUAUAUAUUCCCCAAUAUAUUGAACAUCCUUUUCGAGUGGCCUGUGAUGCAAAAACUCAGGGCGGAGGUUGGACUAUCAUUUUGAAUAGAAUGGAUGGAAGUGUGAACUUUUAUCGAAAGUGGAAUACUUACAAAAACGGAUUUGGAGAUUUAGAUGGCGAGUUCUUCUUGGGAUUGGAUAAAAUAUACGCUUUAACAGCUGAUUACAGCCAAGAGUUGCUUGUAAUUCUCGAAGACUUCCAGGGAAAAGAAGUCUUUGAGAGGUAUGAGAAAUUUGCGAUUAGCGGCGAAGAUGAAGAAUAUGCCUUGAAUACGCUGGGCAAAGCUAGUGGAACUGCGGGUGAUUCGCUCAGUUAUAAUUAUCGCCAGAAAUUCGCCACAUUUGAUCGGGAUAAUGCAAAUAACUGUGCCAAGAAUCGAAGCGGCGCUUGGUGGUACAACAACUGUUCUGCUGCCAACUUGGCUGGCACAUAUAAUGGGACAGAUAGAAAUUGCAUUUACUGGAAUGAUUUUCAUAAUGUAGAGUCCCUUAAAAGGGCCACUAUGAUGAUACGUCCAAGGAAAUCUUCGUAAACUAUGAAAACUUUAAGCAAUUGACAUUCAAUAUUUAUCAGUUAAUCUUUUUAUUAAUAUACAUACAAUGAUAUACGUUCAAGGAAA